AGACGUCGCAUUUUCCAGGCCAGGUGCGUGUCGGACAACAUCGGCAGCACAGCCGUCACUCAACGGAACGGCGCUCACUUUUCUUCGUGGUAGACACCGUAAACUAACUGCCAGAAAUAAUUAUUUCAAAGGGAAAUACGGGCAAUGGAGCCAAACACGGACGUCGUGUGCACCGGCGAGGCGCCAGCAGCUGUGGCGUCUUCUCAGCAGUCUUCCACUGGCGAGGACGCAGCGCAGUCCUAUCAAGAGACACAGCGCUUCUGUACGUGGCGCAAGCACACACGCAACCUCUACCAGCAACUCUUCCACAUUGACCUUGUGUGGGAGAGCCCCGUGGCACAGUUCAUGCCCUACGUCAGCACCAAGGCGGGACUGACCAUGCACACCAUCCUCAGCGGCACCCGCACCGGCGGGCAGGAGCAGAACUACCUGCAGAUGCUGUCUGCCACCGUGCCACACGACACGCAGUCCCUCGACAGGUCGAAUGCGGCCUACUCGGAGGCCACCGGGGAGGUAGGCGGCUACGGCAUGGCACCGCACGCGUGCGGCCUCAACGUGGAGCGGCGCAUCCUGCACGAUGGAGACGUACUGGCGGCGCGCUACAUGCCGGCGAAUCCGCUGCUGUUGGCCUCGUCGUCCAGCAACGGCAGCCUCUACGUGUUUGACUGGUCGAGAGUGUCGUUGGGUCGCUUCCCCAACGACCCUCCGCGGCCGCGAGCGCCGCUGCCGCCCAACGAGCUCAGCACCGAGGCGACGGAGGAGGAGCGAGCGCAGUACCACAAGCGCAUGCGUGCGCUGAACGUGGUGGCCACCGAGCAGGACAGGUGGGACCGUCGAACCGGUGACGGGCAGCACGUUCUCACCUUGAGCGGCGGCAGCGGCGUUGCGGACAAUGUGUGCUGGAGCACCAGCGAGGAGGGCGUGCUGGCCUCUGGCUCCACCGGACGCGUGUGCGUGUGGAAGGUGGCGAACUUGUCGAAGGAGGACAGCCGUCAGGUGGAACCCAGCAGCGUGUUUUCGCUGGAAGACGAGGAGGCUCGCGUGACGCACGUCGAUUUCUCGUGGAAGCUGCCGGGGACGUUCCUAACGGCGUCCACCUCCGGCGCGGUGCACUUCAGCGAUACACGGCGGGCACACUCGACGGAGAUAUUCUCUCUCCGCCACCCUGCCACGUCGCUCGCCCUCUCCCCGCUGGACGGCAACUCGCUCCUGAUCGGUGAUAGGCAGGGCAGUGUGUUCUUCUUUGACCUGCGGAACAGCAGCCAGCCGGUGCUGGUGGACCGCCUGCACAGCGGCGAGGUGACCACUCUGGAGUGGUGCCCCCACUCCCGUCACCUGUUCGCCUCGGGUGGCCACGAUGGGGUGGUGGGCAUCUACAACUGCACCCGGCAGAAGACGCUCUUUAAACACUGCGGGCACACAGACGGCAUCAUGGAUAUCGGGUGGAAUUGGCAGGAGGACGGGGCGGGGCAGCUCGUGUCGACGGACAGCAACGCCGUCAUGCUGUGGCGUCCGCGGGACUUUUUCUUCUGUGCGUAG